GUUUUCUUCCGUGUCCGGUCAGGAGAGGCCGGAAGUGUAGGGCGGUUGCCCUGGCAAUGCGUCCGGCGGCAUCAUGGCCGGGCCGAGUUGGCUGGAGCAGCUGCGCGCGGCGCGGAAGACCGCCCUGCUCGGGGACGGUAUGCGAAAAAUCCAUUACUUGUUCGACAAUGGGAAGGAGAUGGCGGAGGAAUAUGACCUGAAGACAAACCAGCUGCUUUUGAGGAAAUGGAGAGAGAAGAAUGCCUUGGGUGCUUGUGGCACUUGGGAGGUUGAGGUGGGAGAGCCAAACUUGCUCGCACCAGGAGCUCUGGAUCGUGAGCUCAUUAAGGAGAGCAGUACUAAUCCUAUCUUUAUGCGCAAAGACACUAAGAACAGCUUCCAGUGGCGGAUCCGGAACUUGCCCUAUCCUAAAGAUGUCUAUCGUGUUUCAGUGGAGAAGGAUCAGCGCUGUUGUGUGGUCCGUACAACAAAUAAGAAAUAUUACAAGAAAUUCUCCAUUCCUGACUUAGACAGAUUCCAACUGCCCUUGGAUAGUAGUGCUCUGAGCUUUACUCAUGCCAACAACACAUUAAUAAUCAUGUACCUGAAGCCAGCAGAGAUUCUGGCUGCAGAGGAGGAGCUGCAAAAGGAGCUAAAGAAGAUCAAGGUAGCUAAUACUGGAGAUGGGGAAUGCAAGACACAGUAGCCAGCAGUUGCAGAAUGUCAUCUGUAUAUAUUUUACUACUUUUAUUUAAUAAAUAAAGGAGAUGAUUGGAGACAAA